AUGGGUUAUUUGCGUAGGAAUGCCAGAAUUUCAAGAAUCGAAAGGAAAACUAAUGAUGACGUAAGAGCUGGAAUGAAGGCAAAUGAUACAGUGAUAGAUAGAAUUGAAAGAAAAGCAUUAAAAUGGCACGUAGAUAGGAUGAGAAUGCCAGAUCAUCGGUGGCCAAAGAAGGUUUAUGACUGGAAACCACCUUGCAGACGUAAGCGCGUAAGACCACGACGUUCUCGGACAGACCACAUAAAUGGAGUAAUGGAACAUCGCAGCAUCGACAAGGAAGAUUCUCUGGAUAAAGAGGCUUGGCGGAGGAUAACAGGAAUACAACAAGAUGUUGUUAUUAAUUAA